CAAGCGCAAAAAACGCGUCAACUUGUGGGCGCCUUGUGUUUUGUCGUUUUUGUGUCCUCGUUGUGCUCCUGAGCUCGUCGAGUUCGUGUUCCCUUCCAAUAUAAGGGAAGGCAACAAAGAGCACUCCUAUGGAGGAGUUGUCGUGCGCGCCGAGGACAGUAAUGCGUGGCUUUCCUCUUUGGCGCCUUUGUUCACCGAGACGAGUGGCGACGACGACCUCGAUGACGAAGAUGUUUUGCGGGCAGAGGUAGAGCAGAAACAGAAGGAAGAGACAACUACAACAAAGUCCGCUUCACACCAGGACGUAUGCUCUGGCGCACCCGAUGAUGGAACUUGCUUGGAUUUUUCUAGAAUUUUCAGGAAAGAAGAAACAAAUGCGAAACGAAAUGCCUGCUGGAGGGCCGUCGAUGAUGGGAGCACUUGGGGCCAAGCGCAAGCGCUCCCAUCAUCGACCCAAGCGCUUGAUGGGGCCCAAGCGAAAUCAAAUUCCCGCUCAGGUGGGCGGGAACAGUAGAAGAGCCUUCAGCAUGUGAGUUGCAUUUUCUUCAGGGGGGUGGUCGGGGGGAAGGGCAUCUCUCGGCUUUGGAUUUCAGCGGGAAAGUGUGGAGCUGGAUUUGGAAGGAUUUGGCAAAGUCUGGAACUUUCCUGCUCCCGAUGCCGAUCGAUAGCUGUUGCAUGAAAAUUGUUCCAAUUCCGGAUACUAGGCAUUUUUCCAGCUUUCCCCUCUCGAGUUCAUUUCUGCCGAAAGCAUGUUGCCAACAUUUUUUCAGGUAGAAUGCCAAACAGAGUCCAGUCGACCUGCCAGCGCACCCGUGAGCCUGAUGGUUUCAAACUAUCAAUGAAGCUUGCGCUCGCCUUGUGUAUAUUUUUUAUAUCGUGAAAUUUGUUUUGCGCUUUUUCGACAGGUUGGCUAUGCUACGCCUGAGAGAGUAGAACAAUCUCAAUCUUCCGCGGCGGUGUUGUAGUAUUGUUCGUCUGCCCUGCUGCUGCUCACUAACAAAACAGCACACCUUUUGCGAUCUCGAAAAUUUUCAAUAAAAAUGAAACUUCUGAAAAAUCCAACAACUAACUUCCUUACUUCAUCGGGCACGCCACGGCGAGAGGCGGCACAGUCGUUCUCUUCAUCUUCUUCGAACGCCUACAGCCGCAAGAGGAAGCAGGAGAGGCAGACGAAACACAAAUCGGCGGGGACAAAGAAGCAUCAGAAGCCCGCUCCAACAAAUAAAAUACCCGACGAGCACGAGCAGCGCUCCACGACUUUGGCCGACCUUGGCAGCGACGACGAUUUUAGUGCAGCACUGUUAGACGUCUUUGAAGGCGGUGAACAAGCUACCAGGAGCGCGCGUCCCGACGUUGUACCUAGGGGCACAAACCCUGCGGGGAAUGAUGAGAGUACUACUUUUGUUGAUGUCGAGCUGGGCCGCGUGCACGACACGGGGACAAGAAGAUCAAGAACGACAACAACGGAGAAUGCGGGCACGGCAGACGUAGGGAAGAAAAAAGAUGGCGUACGCGUAGUAGAGGCAGGGCCGCGAACUGAAGCUAAAAAUCUUGAUGAAGAUGAACGCACGAGCGAUUACGAUCCAGCGUCCUCCAGCACCUCAGAAACAUCCACGUCCGCUUCGCCGCCCACAGCAAGCGAACGCACUCGCAAGUCGUCAACAUCAAAGAAUAACAAGCGCGACCAUGAUAGUACGUGGUCAGUGCUAGGAACUGGGCCUGCAGCACCUCUUGCCGUGAAGACUGUGGGACGCAGCAGGAGCACCAGCGCCACUGCUGGAACAGGAGCGACGACGAAAGCGAAAGCUUCCAGCGGUGCGGACGAAAAAGUGCCAGUAGCUUCCAAAACUCAACACGAACAUGUUGGUGCGGAAUCGAAAUCCUCGGCCAGCAGCAACCUGCAAGUUCUUGCUCCUCAACCAAGCGACGUCAAACACCAAGAACAGGCACACAUCAAAGGAAAAGCAAAAGAAAAGUCACGAUCAAGAUCACGCAAGCACAGUUUAUCAUCUGAGUUGCAGAUCGAGCAGCAAGAAAAUUUGCGGCCUGGAGGGAAGCCGAAUCAGGGGGGCGACCGCAGGGCUGAUGAGAAUCAAAGUGAAAAGGGUGUAAAGGAAAACGAAAUCGAGAUCGACGUGGCUGAUAAUGGUCAAAAGACUCCCAGCCCGUCGCCGAGCGAGUAUAACUCCCCGUCAGGAGGAGAUUCGGACGCGGAAAAGCUCGAGAAAGCGGAGGAAGAGAUCACUCAACUGAAGAACGCGCACGCGAGGGAGCUAAAAAGGAUUUACGACGAGCAAAAAGUAGACCAGUCCGACUCUGCAUCUACUUUGGGCGGCGCGUGCGGUUCCAAGAACCCAGCAGUCAAGUUCGACCCUGACACUGGCGAUGUGAAUGAAGGCCAGUGCCAGCCGCCGAGUAGGGAUUACGAGUCGUAUGCGCAAGACGUCGAAACGACGCUCACGAGCGGUGCGAACACAGCGAUCAAGGCUUUGGAGACGAUGGAGACUUUGAUGCGUCAAUUUACACACUUUCACGAUCAGCUCGUCGAGGAGGAAAGGAAAGCGCGACUUGACAUGUUGAACCCGAGAGACGAAAAGCAGUCGACCCAUGCAGCAGCCGUCUCUGCGCGCGAACAAAUCACGAGAAUGCGACAGACGCUGAUUUUUGAGCCGGAGUUGCCUCUUAUGCCAGACGAGGAUAAUCCGGCGAGCGUCAUGCUCGAAGUGCUUUCGGGCACGGAAGAGCUGCCGCAACCUGCGCUGCUGCCCGGCGGCUUUGAAAAAAACAUCUAUAACGUUGACGAAGAAAUAGAAAGUGAGAGUCGGAGUGAUCGGCGGUGGAAAGCCGAAAACCGGCGAAAAGAAAGCCAAAGCUUCGCUUCUUCUGGUAAAGAUAUAAAAGAAGAAGAAGUAGAUGAACAAGGAACUACAGGAGAAAGACGCGAGAAGCAGGAGAUCUCUACGGCGCCAUCUUCCGCGAUAGAAGCCUACCUAGCUGCCAACCCAUCAUCGUGGUCACCCACAGCUUCGCGACUCGGCCGCGGCCUGCUCGGGGUCGCGUCACCAGGUUUUCAUAGUAUGACGGCGCAAAAUCCAGGAUCCAUGCUUUACCACACCGUCGACAGCGUUUUGGCCGGUAUGAAAAAUGGAAAGAGCAGGCAGAAAGCAGCAAAACCAGAAGGAUUUGAUGAAGACGCAUCUUCAAAGAUGGCAGCCCCCGUGGCUGUUGUGGUCGCCGACUAUCCUCCGCUACUUGGCGACCGAAGCGCGGAAGUCGACGAGCAGUACGCGCGCAUCAACGCAUUUCUGUACGAGGAGCAUCUACGAUUGACACUUUUGGAAAACGAAAAGAUUUCGCAGGCUACGACUGCCGCGACGACUAUUGAUAGUAGUCGAGGACAAGAAGCGGAAGUGCUUCCAACAACCGUCCGCAAAAAUCUUGAGGAUUUACUCAACGGAGGGAAACCUCAUGGCUCCUUCAGCGGGCAGAUUUUGGCUACGCGAGAACUUGAACUACUUAUUGCGCAACACGCGUCGCAGGACCAUGAGUCAGGUCAACAAGUACAACGUGUCCACGAGCAAAACGACAGCGUGGAGUAUUUGAUGCUGACGCAGUUAGUGAAAGACCUUCAAUCGCGAGAAACACAGCUGGAGCAGCUUUUCCGAGGACAGAUGGAGGAAGUAGGAGGGACUACGACAGCCGAAGCGGAGGCGCCACCGUCACAAACAAUAAAGAUAAAGCAGGAAUUGCUUUUGUGGCUGCGUGGCGCCGAUGACGUGCAUAACACAGGGGACACAAGGCGAGAACAGGGGCAAGGAGGAGUACUACAAAUGGUGCGGCACCAGUGGCGUCGGCUUCGUGGAACUGGAGCAAGUUCCGUCAGACGCGGUGCUGGCUUCGUGCAAUCGUUGAGGAACAUUCUUCAAGAAGUUGCGAAGACUUUCUUGGUUAUCUCCGAGUUGACGGACGUUUUCAUUCCAGAUGCCCUCUGUAGCGAAGCCGAAGAGGAGGACAGUCGCGAGGUUGUCGCGGCCUUUGCUCUGCAACUCGACCAGCACGUGCACGCACAUGAUGCCUUGCAACGCCAAGGCCAACACGUUGGUCCGUCCCCUGCUCUACUGUGGAAGCCGCAGUUCGACUACAACAAUUGUCAAGCUCCACCUCAAGCCGCAGCACGCACCAAUGGCAAUGAAGGUGAAGUAGUAGAGAGGACAACUAGCAGCUCCAUCUCCUCCUCGCUCUCGAGCUCUUCUUUUAUUGAGAAGUCUUCGGCAUGGGCAUACACGUCCGUUACACGCAGCGACGGCGUAAUAGCACACAAAAAGUUGAUUUUCGACUUCACCUUUGGCGAACUGAAGCGAUUUGAAGAGCCGGAGCUUGUACCCAAGGCAGCGGAGCUCGUUUUGACACAGAUUAAAGCGCUCAGACAAAAAAUAAAGGAAAGGGCGAAGCCUCUGAAAGAAGAUUUGAAGAGAAAAGGUUUCAGUUUGGAUGAUAUGACGGACCUCAUGUAUGCCGUGCUUGAGGUAUUUCUGCAGGCGCUCGAAGCCCAGUACACCAGCGAGAAGACCGAGGGCACGACGACAGAGAAACUUCUAGAUCGCAUUGCGUCGGCGUUUUGGAACCGAUAUGGCAAAAAAGCGACAGCAAAGGGCGCGGAAAUAGCUGUCACGGGUGUAAUCAAUCUACCACUGCAGAUUUUCAAUCGUAUCUUUUCUCCGCUGCUAGAAGUAGUCGAAGCAGGCGAGAACAAAGAGGCUACACCUUCAACACCUCCACAAGAGCAAGAGCAGGCAGUAUCUCGAGCAGUGGGAAUGGCAGCAAUUGUGCGCGAGACGCUUCUGCACCAUUUCCUGUCAGCUAAGCAACGCUUUGCAAUACUCGAGCAGGAAGCCAUUGCCAAGGUAGCUGGAAUAGCUUUGCCUUUGGCCGCUCUUCCCUCUCAAGUGGUAGCGAAGGCGCAGAGAGACGCCAAACUUGCAGUUGGUCACGUGCUCCUCGAGAGCUGGGCAAGGGAAGCGGGAAGACACGUUGGAGGAGGGCUUAAAAGCAUCGCUGAGUCCAACUUUGUAGCCUGGAAUGUCGAAUUUUGGGGUAUGGUAGGUGGAUUGAUGGAGCAGUACCUCCCGCAGUUCUUGCCCGCGUAUCUGCUGCACGGCAGCCAACUGAUGCACGUUACUCAUCCGGUUCAGAUAGGGAACCUAAUUUUCGAGAAAUGGAAGCAGUUGGCGACAGCGCAGGGUAAAAACGAUGCUUCCUAUCGCUUUCCCGGAGUACGUGUUCCUUCCGAGGACCGCAACUAUCCCGGUCAUCAUCUCUUGACUUGGGCACAGUUCAUAGCGACGAUUCGUGAGAUGGCUCCCAGAGCCGGCAGCAACGGCGGUGCACAGCAGAAAAUGAUACUCGGUAUGCUUUCUGGAGAGCUGCGCCCAAUCACAGAAGUGCGGCCCUCGCGCAGCCUCAUCCCGAGCUCUGCUAACAUUAACAAGUACGCUGGUAAACUCAUCGCCGGAGUUUCGAGUCGCUUUUCCAGGAGUACUCGCAGUGGCAAUCCGCCGUCGCCGAAAGCAGGGGGGGAGCAGCAGUCCACCCUGGGGGAGCAGCAGCCGUCCCCGAGGGAGCAGCCGCCCCCGGAGCUCCUCGCCUCACCCAUUACGUCCGGCACGUGGUUCAUGCAGCUGUUCAAGGAACAACUGGAAAUUGUAUCAGCGCAGAUCCGCAAGGACAAGGAGAACCGGGAUCCUGCGACACCUCCAGCGGCAGCGCAGGAUGUAGAUGUUCAAGAUGUCGCCUCGAAUACAGAUGUGUCAAGAAUAUGGCAUGAAAGAUGCGAGGAAUACAUCACACAAGGUCCCCCGAGGCCAGAGCGAUGCCGUACGUUGGCACUUUUUGUUCGCGCCAAGUAGUUGUACUAGCCAUGGUGUACCAAAAAUUCAUCAAUGCCACUCGGAGAUGAAGAAAGCUCGUAAAGAGAACACUUGAUGAUCUUUCAAACUCGCCACCAAACCUGGGGAAGCAAGCAUCUCUCUGGUUUCCACGGGCGGGGUUUUCUUGUUCAUAAGCAGCAGCGUUUAUUUAUGACGCACUGUCGCGGUGGUGGACCCAUAACGUUUUCGACCAGGAAGAAGAAGUGAAAAAGCCGAUCGCCGAAGUCGACCAAACGGAAACUACUACGCCGGUCACGAACUUCUACAAGUCGUCUUCAAUGCUCGUUAGAAUACCGGCAACGAAAAAAUACAGUGCAAGUGCUGCGGGAUCGCGAGGAGCGCAGUCUUCCGAGAACAAAAAUGGCGAAAGGUGGGGCCUUCUCACCGAAAGUGCCACGCCACACCGUGCGCGUGAGGGAAUAACAGCGUAUGAGCUGAUAGAUGCGCACGACGCUGCAGAUCUCUUCGCCAAGGUCAUACUUUUACUCUUUGUUGAUGCGACAGAGGAGAACCUCAAAACCUUCAACCUCGAGCGUCUUGAAGUCGAAGGAGAUACCGCUUAGCUACAAACACAGGAAUCGACGGUCAUUCGUGAGGAGAACGCGAGGUGGUAGGAAUGGGAUAUCAGCUGGCUUCUCCUGUCGUGAUCGAGGCACUGCAUGACUAUAUUUUUCCCCGAACGAGUACGAGAAGUAGAAAAAAAGAUGUUGAAAACGAGGCGAAUUCAGUGCAACACAGGGAACAUGGAUGCAAAACAAGGCCACAGUGGCAGUUCUUGUUUAUUUACAUGUCUACCGAAAAAGUGAACCGUGAACGAAGCAAGGUUGUUCAGAGGGUUGAACGCGAAAGCGUAUUAAGGGCUGACCUGCUCUGACGAA